AUGUCAAGCUCAAUUGAAAAAGCAGGUGCUAAAGCUAAGGAGGUUGCAAAGGAAGAUUUCGAUAAGGCGAGAGAAUUGGCACGCUCAGCUGCAAUCAGUGGAUCUUACCUCUAUCCUAUUAAGGGAAUCGUCUACUUCCUCUCCCAUCGCACACUAUGGAAACCUCUAUUGGCGAAACUCGUACCCACCCUGUCCUUGUCCGCCGUCGUCGUGACUUUAAUGUUCAUGUUUACCUAUCUCCCACAACUAGCCAUUCUGGUCUUCACUGAUGGUCCUCUCGCCGCAGUCUCUGCAGGCAUCUUGACCCUUUCUGAAUCUAGCACAAUUAUCACCAUGCUCUCCAAGAACUUCCUCAUUGCAGAUGCUCUUGUUGAUACGUUUGAUGGAGUGAUGGUGGCGAGAGGUCAAUCGACUGUCGUGCAAGGUGGACGAGAGGUCAAAUCAGGACCGUUUGGUGACCCAAUGAGAAAAUUGGGUAAGGUUGUGAAAGGAUAUGGUGACAAGUAUAGUUUUGGAGGUUUGGUGAGAUACUUGAUGUAUCUGCCUUUGAAUCUUAUUCCCGUUAUUGGUACGGUAGUCUUUGUCGGUUUGCAAGGACGACAGAGGGGUGAGGGGGUUCAUUCAAGAUACUUCCAAUUGAAGGGAUGGUCUGGUGCACAGAAAGAAGCGUGGUUAAAAGAACAUACUGCGGCAUAUACAUCAUUCGGAACCGUCGCAACACUUCUUGAACUCGUACCCAUUGCAUCGAUUCUCUUCUCAUUCACAAACACAGUUGGUGCAGCACUGUGGGCUGCCGAUAUCGAAGCUAAUAAUACGACUAUGACUCAAAUAUCUUCGCCCCAGGUUCAAAAAGAAGCUCAAAUUGCCGAGUAA